AUGACGAGGCGCAGGGCAGUGCGACACUACACGUACGAGCCCGAGGAGGACAAGGAGCAGGUUCCCACCGGGGGCAGGAAGGCAGCCCGAGGCGGCGAACUUGGCAAGACGAGGAACGGGACCGUCACAGCGCCUACCUCGAGGACCGAGUCGGCAGCAGGAGCGGUCAGGCGCGCACCGUCGAAACGCCUGCGAGGACUCGCUCCCGAUGCUACCUCGACUCCUCUCAGCCCCAUCCUCAGCAGCACCGCCCAUCUUUCGCCCCGCAAGAGCCAGAAGAACCGCUCGACUGCGCAAGCUCGUCCUCCGCCGCCCGCUCCUCGCUCCCUCUCCCUCGCAGACCUCCCCGCCGAGAUUCUCGAGCGCAUCGGCGAGUACCUGCUCCCCGUCAUCUCGCCGAGCUGGCCGGACGGAUCGAGGACGAUGUCGAAGGAAUGGACCGGCCGCGUCAAGGACCUGCUCGCGAUGAGGUCGACUUGCAGGGCGACGUGGACGGGCCUCUCGGCUCUCGUGCAUCGCUGCUGGGGCGUUUGCAUGCAAGAACCGGCCUCCGAAGGUUCUGCAGCGUCCCCCCUGGACACGAUUGUCAAGGGGAGGGGCCGGGAAGCAUUCGUCGUGCCCGCCAGUCGCAUCCGCCAGUUCAGCGUGAGCCUGACCCCUGACGGUAUUGCGACAACGGAGCUGCGGGUGCCCAACUUCGACAACGACCUCAGGCUGCUGGACAGAAUGGUCCACAUGUAUCGCCUCGAGUCCUUCGCCUACGUUUACAGCGACGAAGAUCGGGUCGUCGAGCGUUCGCCGUACCAGACCAAGGUUAUCGAGAUUGGUGUCCUCGAAAUCCUCGCAGAGCUGCCGCUCGUGCGAGACUUGUACUUCUGCGGCGUCCGUUUCGAGGGCGACCUUGCCGAGGCGCUCAAGGAUGUCCCUAGCGAUGAAGAGGACGAGUCCAUCGACGGCGAGGGUGACGACCACGAUAAUCUUUCGACCGACGACGAGAUGUCCUGGGCGGACAACGAGACGCCGUUCCCCGCCCUCCGCCGGAUCACCCUGAACACCUGCGACGACUCGAUGCUCCAGCUCCUCCGCCUCAACCUCCCUCUCGAAGAAGUCCGCAUCUGGCGCGACUUUGCGACGCCGCUCAAUGUUCCGGCGCUCGCGGACUGGUGGCCGCCCUCGCUCUGGCAGACCGUCGAGGAAGUCGAUGUCGUCGGGAUGACGGGAGUAACUGGACGCCGCGUGCUUGAUGAGUGGCUCAACAGUCUCAUCCUCACCCGCUCGCUCCAGCCGCCCGUCUUCGUCCCCCUCCGCUCGCUCCGCAUCUCCGAGCCGCACGACCUCUCGGUCGUUCGCCGCGACGUCCUCCUCUCGUUCGCUCUCCUCCCGCAACUCCACCACCUCACCUUCUUCGUCUGGAACGAGCGUGCGUUCGGCCCGAGCCUCGUCAAGGAGAUCCACGAGGCGUUGCCGGACCUCGAGGAGCUCGGUAUCGGGCUCGAGUCGGAGCAGCUGAGUUGGUGGCAAGGCUCGCUCCACGACUGGAGCACGGCACUCGCCUUGUUCCGUAACUUGCGCGUCUUUACGUGGAACUACUCGCCUUACGCCGACCUCGACUUCGACGACACGCGCCGCUACACCACGCCCCUCGUCCGCUCGACCUUCUUCCCGCAACUCCCGAACCUUGUUCAACUGCGAUGGUUCGGCCACUUUCUCCACCUCCGCCGCGACGCCUCGACGGGCUGGUGGAACUGGUUCGAUGACGACCACAGGAUCGUCCCGCCUUUGCCGGCGUGGGCGGAAGAGCGACUCGCUGCCAAGGUGGUCAAGGUUUGGUCGAGCAGCUCGACCAGCAACGCGAAGCAGUUCGGCAUCCGCACCAAGCCACGCCAGCCGCUUGCGGAGCUCGACAUCGCCUUGCGAGACCCGAAUUCGCCCUCACUGUACACGGAGGACUCGUCUUCGGGGGCUUCAACCUCGUCUAUCGCUGACUGGCUCGAAGACGCCCCUGAGUUCGAGGAGCAGUAUGGAAUGGCGAGGAGGAGCGAGACCUCGAUGCUUGACAGGCUGAGGGCGACGAAGGCGGCGGAGAAGGGGAAAGGCAGGGCGGCGGCGGAAGAGGAGGAGGGUCAGGAGACGUUCUGGUCGGAUGAGGAGGCGGGCGACGACUCGGGCUUCGUUGAGGCGGCCAGGCACUUGGAGACGGAGGGUUGGAGCAACGAGGAGUGGUAG